AAACCUGAACACUAUCUUAUGUGACUCAUCUAAUCUUAUCUUAAAUCUUUUCACACCAGUUGAAGUUCCACACCAUGGACUCCCUUUCACAACCAGCACUUGUGGUAGUGAUAGCCAUAACCAUAAUUCUUCUCUACAACACAUGCAGGAAGCAAAAGGGUGGUCACAAAACGAAGGGUAGAGAACCCCCAGAACCCUCGGGUGCCCUACCUUUGAUUGGUCACCUCCACCUGUUAGGUGCCCAGACACCCCUCGCUAGGACCUUUGCUGCUUUGGCCGACAAAUAUGGCCCCAUCUUUGGAAUCCGUCUAGGGGCAUACCCUGCGCUUGUGAUCUGCAACCAAGAGGCCAUAAAAGAGUGCUUCACGACCCUUGAUAAGGUCCUGGCCUCACGCCCUAAGAGUAGCCAUGGUGUGCUUCUUGGUUACAAUUUUGCAGGGUUUGGAUUUGCGCCUUAUGGCGCGUACUGGAUCAAGAUCAGAAAGCUCAUCAUGCUUGAAUUGCUCUCUGCUCGCCGCCUCGAAUUCCUGAGGCAUGUUUAUGAGUCUGAGAUUGAUACUUUGGUGAAGGAUCUCGGGAUGUAUGUUGGAGGUAAAACUGAUGUUAAAGUCACUAUAAGUGAGUGGAUGGAACGCUUGAGCUUCAACAUCGUCACCAAGAUGAUCGCUGGGAAAAGGUAUUUCAGUUAUUUGGAAGAUGUGGAUGAUGUAGAAGCACAUGGUAUUGUGAAACUUAUAAAGGAGUUCAUGCAUAUAUCUGGGGAGUUUGUUCCCUCAGAUUUGAUUCCUGUUCUUGGAUGGUUUGGGGUGCAAGGGAAAGUGCUGAAAUCCAUGAAACGAAUUGCAAAAGAUUUGGACAACCUUGUGGGAGGUUGGGUUGAAGAACAUAAGAAAAUUGAUUCCCUCAAUAACAAGUCAUUGGAGAAACAUGAUUUCAUUGAUGUAAUGCUCUCUGCUAUUCAAGAUGAUCCUCUCUCUCAUCAUGACCGUGAUACUAUCAUCAAAGCUAAUGUUGCGAAUCUGAUGUUAGCGGGAUCAGACACGACAUCAACCGCAAUGACAUGGAUACUGACGAUGUUGGUGAAGAACCCAGAGGUGUUGCAGCGAGCACAGGAAGAGAUUGAAGACGAAGUGGGAAGGGAGAGAAAGGUGGAAGCAACUGACAUAAAAAACCUAAUUUAUCUGCAAGCAAUCGUGAAGGAAACGCUGAGGCUAUACCCUCCAGGGCCUCUGCUGGUGCCCCACGAGGCUACACAAGACUGCUACAUUCAAGGGUAUCAUGUACCCAAAGGCACACGUGUGUUUGCGAACGUGUGGAAGCUUCACAGAGAUCCUAGUGUCUGGUCGGAGGCUGAGAAGUUUUCACCGGAGAGGUUUGUGAAUGAGAAUGGAGAAGUUGUUGAUGAAGGUCAUCAGCAUUUUGAGUAUUUGCCCUUUGGGUCAGGGAGAAGGGCUUGCCCUGGUUCAACUUUUGCAACACAGGUUACUCUCAUUACGAUUGCUCGUUUGCUUCAGGCCUUUCGUUUGGAGGUGCCUGUGGAUGAACCUGUUGAUUUGGAAGAAGGGUUGGGCAUCACCUUGCCCAAGAUCAACCCUUUGCAGAUUCUCUUGAGCUCUAGGUUACCUAAUCAGUUUUAUAACUCAGACAAAUUGUAGCCAGAACAUUUGGAAUAUCAACCUUCGUGUGUCAUAAUAUAUCAUAAUAUC